UACAGCCACAGCACUGCAAGCACCGAGAAGCACUCAGACUACGAUCACAUACACGAAGGACCCUUCGAACUCAUACCAUCGACCGGCGAUCCCUACACGGCCCAGGAGCGGUCUACAAUCAAUAGACCAGGCAGCGAUAAUGGCCGCGAGAAUGCAGCAGGGUGGACGACCGAGCGGCGCACGCUUUGCGCAGUUCAAAUUGGUAUUGUUGGGCGAGUCUGCCGUGGGAAAGAGCUCACUGGUAUUGCGCUUUGUCAAGGAUCAAUUCGACGACUACAGAGAAUCGACCAUCGGCGCCGCCUUCCUCACUCAAACGAUCGCCCUUGACGAACAGACAACUGUAAAAUUCGAAAUCUGGGAUACGGCAGGACAGGAGCGAUACAAGUCACUGGCGCCCAUGUACUACAGGAACGCAAACUGCGCGGUAGUUGUAUACGACAUCACACAAGCGAGCUCACUGGACAAAGCCAAAGCCUGGGUCAAGGAACUGCAACGCCAAGCAAACGAGAACAUCAUCAUUGCGCUCGCAGGAAACAAAGCCGAUUUGGUCGCCGAGCAGCCCGACAAGCGCGCUGUACCCACCGCUGAUGCCGAAGCAUAUGCCCGAGAAGCCAAUCUACUUUUCUUCGAGACUAGCGCCAAGACCGCGGAGAAUGUCAAAGAGUUGUUCACGGCUAUCGCGAAGAAGCUGCCGAUCGAGCAGGCGAGCCAGCGUGGCAUGCGAGGUGCGGCGGGCAGACCUGGUGGUGUGGAUUUGGGUUCGAGACAGGAUCCGGGCACGACUUCGGGUGGUGGGCCGGGAGGAUGCAACUGCUGA